UAGACUACUAGUUAUGGUAAAGUUGAAGCGUUGGAUUCUCAUCCUCCUCCUCCAGGAAGAAGAAAGUCAAAAGAGAUGAUGAUGAUGAUGAUGGUGUGUUGUGGGAUCAUUUAUUAUUAUCUUUUAAUGAUCAAAGGGUUUUGUUAUAAAGGGAAAGAAGCUAUAGUGGGUGGGAGGAGGAAACAAACAGAAUGAGAAUUAGGAAUUGGGUAGUAAUAAGAAGAAAAAUAAGAAGAAGAAGAAGUGGAAGUGGGAGAAUGAAUAAGAUGAUGAAUUGCAUUUGUUCUGGGGAACAAGUGAGAAUAGAGGAUCGAAUUCCAUCUUCAGAAUCUCUGGCCACCCGAGAUUAUUCGGCCAGCGGUUUCUCUUGGCGAACCGGAGAAGAUGCUGAUAAUAAAGUAGAUUCUAGCAACAUUGAAGAAGCUGAGUCUUCCCUUCGUGAGAGUGGCUUUCUCAACUAUGAGGAAGCAAGAGCAUUGUUAGGCCGUCUCGAGUAUCAAAAAGGGAAUGUAGAAGCCGCUCUUCAAGUGUUUCAAGGAAUAGACAUCGUUGCUAUGACACCCAGGAUUAAACUUUCCUUAUCAACAAGAUCAUCUCAACAACAACGCCAUUCUCAUCAAACCCAUCUUUCUAAUUCUUCCUCAACAAUCAUGUCUCUCCACGCAGUCACCUUACUUUUCGAGGCCAUCUUUCUAAAGGCUAAAUCAUUACAGGCACUCCGGAGGUACACAGAAGCUGCUCAAUCUUGUAAAGUAAUUUUGGACGUUGUUGAAUCUGCGUUACCAGAAGGAUUGAAGGAAAAUUUUCGGUCUGAAUAUAAACUACAUGAAAUCAUGAACAAGACGGUUGAACUAUUUCCAGAGCUUUGGAAACUGGCUUCUGCUUCUCAAGAUGCAAUCUUGGCUUACAGAAAGGCUCUACUCUAUAAUUGGACCCUUGAUAUUCAAACCAGAACGAGAAUCCAGAAAGAGUUUGCUAUUUUUCUUCUUUACAGCGGCUGUGACGCAUCUCCUCCUACUCUCCAAUCCCAAACCGAAGGUUCCUUUGUCCCGAGAAACAAUAUAGAAGAGUCUGUCCUACUUCUUAUGGUCAUCCUCCGUAACUUUAUUCUUGGAAAGAUCGAAUGGGACUCGUCGGUUCUCGACCAUCUCUGCUUUGCACUGUCGAUAGGCGGCGACUUGAUGGCUUUCGCCCAUUCUGUCGAAGAGUUGCCUCCCGGUAUAAUGGGAAGAGAGAAAAUGUACAACACUCUAGCUUUGAGUUAUUAUUCCGAAGGCGAUAACACGGCUUGUUUGAAUUUGUUGAGGAACUUGUUGAAUGAUCGAGAGAAUGCCGAUGUCAAGUUUGAGUUAUUGCUGGCUUCAAAAGUUUGUUUGGAGAUCAAUAACCAGGAAGAAGGAAUAAAUUAUCUCCGUUCCUUGACGUAUAAAUCCGGUUUCCAAUGCGAUAAGUUGACGGGUGCUGCGAAAUUCUUGUCGGGUCGCUUACUUGCAGCUCAAUCAAGAAGAAUGGGUUCCGAUUCUGAAAAGGUUUCGAGACAUUCAGAAGCGAUCGAGAUGUUGGAAAUGGCUAAUGGAGAUGGUAACCACCCGGAUGUGUUGUAUCAUCUUAGUCUAGAGAAGGCAGAACAGAGAAAACUGGAUGAUGCGCUCUAUUAUGGAAGGAGGUUGUUGAAGGUGGAGGCUGGCUCGAGUGUGAAAACGUGGAUACACCUUGCUCGUGUAUUGUCGGCUCAAAAACGAUACGUUGAUGCGGAGAAUAUAAUUAACGCGGCCUUAGAUGAGACUGGAAAAUGGGAACAAGGAGAAUUGCUGAGGACUAAAGCUAGACUACAGAUUGCACAGGGGCAUUUGAGGAAUGCGGUUGAUUCGUAUACUCGCCUUCUCGCGAUUCUCCAAGUUUGUCGUAAAAGCUUUGGGCUUCAGAAGAAAAAAUUAAAGGGAUGGGGACAACAAAAUGAUAGAAGCUUGGAAAUGGAAACCUGGCACGAUCUGGCAGACGUUUACACGAGCUUAUCGCAGUGGAGGGAUGCAGAAACCUGUCUUCUUAAGUCGAAAGCCAUCAAUGCUCAUUCUGCUUCUAGAUGGCAUUCCACAGGUUUAUACUACAAGGCAAAAGGGGAGCAGAAGGAAGCCUUGGACUCGUUUGGGAAGGCAUUGGAUGUGGAACCAAAUCACAUCUCGAGCUUGAUCUCGACUGCUAUUGUUCUGAGAGACAUGAAUAAUGGUUCAUCACGAGUUGCGAAAAGCUUCCUUAUGGAUGCAUUAAGGCUGGACCGAACAAACCCUUUGGCUUGGUACAAUCUGGGAUUGAUUUACAAAGAAGAAGCAGGCGGUAAUUUGACAUCAGAAGCUGCAGAUUGCUUCCAGGCUGCAACUUUUCUUCAAGAUUCUUCACCUGUAGAACCCUUCUUCCUCUUCCCCUAAAGGAAAUAAUAAAUAUAAUAAUGUACAUUUCUGUUAAUAAUAAUGUACUACAAUUAGUUUAAACCUAAUAAAUCAAGAAGAUGGAAUUAUUAUUAUUAUCA